AAACUUGGGAAAGGGAGAGGGAAGGCCUGGAUGGAUCGAGGGAACUGAGAGGGCAGAGCAAAGCCUGAGCCAGAGAAAGAGGAGGUGGAGAAAAAGAUCCAGGACUGCUCUGGUCAAUUUGCAAAAAAGAAAAAAAAAAAGGGGGGGGGUUGUUCUGAAGAGAUCAGAAAAGUAUCCAAGGUUUCUUAAGGAACUGUUGCUCCGUGUUGCUGUUGCGGAAAUUAGGCAUGAAGAUGCCGUGGCUAAAGCUGCUCUUUUCCGUUUACGCUUCUUUCCUGUCCACGGAAGGUGCUGCCGUCAGUCGAGCGGAGGAGCAAGAAGCCCUGGAAUACCUCAUGAAGUUUGGCUACCUCCAGAAGCCCCUGGAACGGGUCACGAAUGACUUUACAACAGAAGAGAUUGCAGAUGCUUUGAGGUCCUUCCAGCUGGCAUCGGGGCUGCCUGCCACAGGCCAAGUGGAUGCAGCCACCUCAAUCCAGAUGCAGCAGCCCCGCUGUGGUGUCAAGGACCCCUUCAACGAGAAAACCUUCAAAUAUCAACUCCUGGGUCGCUGGCACAAGAAGCGUCUAACUUACCGGAUCUACAGCCACAGCAAGGACUUGGGGGCUGCAGCCACACGCACAGCCAUCCAGACAGCUUUCAAGUACUGGAGCGAUGUGGCACAGCUCACCUUCCAGGAGGUGCGGAUUGGCCGCGCUGACAUCCGCCUCUCCUUCCAUGGUUCCUCUACUUGGGGCUGCUCACGGCCCUUCGAUGGGCCUGGGUAUGUGUUGGCCCAUGCGGACAUCCCCGAAUUAGGCACAGUUCACUUUGAUUCCGAUGAAACCUGGACAGAGGGGACGCCACAAGGGGUCAACCUGCGGAUCAUUGCUGCCCACGAGAUUGGCCACGCGCUGGGACUAGGUCAUUCCCGGUACCCGGCCGCACUGAUGGCACCCACCUACAGCGGGUAUCAGAAACGCUUCCGCCUGCACCCGGAUGACGUCAAAGGCAUCCAGGCACUCUAUGGCAAAAGAACGACGUCCACAACCACAACAGUGACUUCCCCUGCUGUCACCACUCUCCCUGCCACCUCGUUGCGGCCUGGUAAAAUCCCUGACCCUUGUAAAGAUGGACUAGAUGCUAUUAUGCUGGGACCAUACGACAAGACCUACGCUUUCCGUGGCGAUUAUGUGUGGACAGUGACGGAUUUUGGUGCCAACCCACCUCUAAAGAUCCAAGCACUGUGGAAGGGCCUGCCCGGAUGGCUGGAUGCGGCUGUGCAUUCUCCCCGUACUGGGCGCACCUAUUUCUUAAAAGGUUCUAAGCUCUGGCGUUACCGAGGUUUCAAGCUGGAUCCAGGCUAUCCAAAGCCCCUGACCCGCAUCCCACCCAAGAUAGAUGCUGCUCUCUACUGGCCAGGAAAUAAGAAGCUCUUCUUUUUUAAGGGUACUGGCUACUGGCAAUGGGAUGAACUGGGCUUGAGCCAUUUCAGCACCUUUCCAAGGAAGAUCUCCAGCCUUUUUACAGGGGCCCCCUCUCACCUGGAUGCUGCAUUCACCUGGGAAAACGGCAAGAUUUACCUUUUCAAGGGGGAGAAAUACUGGCGGCUCAACGACCAGCUACGAGUGGAAAGAGGCUACCCACUGAGCACAGUCGAGCGUUGGAUGAACUGCUAACACUACCACAGGUGCCUCCGCACGCUCCCGGGGGACUCGGAACAAGGAUCAAUUACUCAAACUCAACGAGUAAGAAACGAGGAAUUUUUUAAAAGACCCAACAGCAACCCCUACAGGUGGCAUGUAGGAACAGCAACGCUGGAAACAAGUCAGAGGGAGACGUGGAGACCGAAAAUGAUCCUGGACUUUGCACUGACAUAAUAAACAUCUUUUUUAUUUUUAAUGUCAGGGUCUGUAAGCAUCCUAUUUCCUUUGGCAUCAGCAUGAACGGCGGCGGCAGGGGGUUGUCUGGUUUCAGGACAAAACAGGUGUGGGUGUGUGAUAGGGGAACCGGAAGCCAGAGAACAGAGAACUGUUUAAGGGUGAAGGCAAAGUGAUAGAAGCACCGUGACCUAAGAUGUGCAGUGCUUUUCUGACUGCAGCCUCUCAUCAAUUUGCAGGUUUUUGCAGCAAAACAUUAACGGUUCUUUUUCCUCCCCUUAUACAUAGUAAAAGGGCUAGGCGUUUUUAACGAAGGCUAAAAACUUCAACAGAAGGCACUGGGAGACUGCCAAGGGGACCAGGCGCUUGCAAAAUACACCCAACGCCCUUCCUGCCUAUGUUUUUGAUUACUAGUACAGAACCAGAAGGGAACUGCAGAUCGAGUCGCAUGGAAUGCAAUCAUAGGACCGUAUGGAUCUGGCCGUACGUGAAAUUGCCAGUGUGCAGGAUUUGGGAAUAUGUAACUAGGCAAUGUGUAUUUGCAACAAAAAGGUGUGAUCUUGUAAAUGUGUGUGUGGGGGGAGGGGGGGGUUAAGGUGAGGGGAAGGCAGAAUUUCACAGUCCUGGUUUUUGGCUACCUUUCUUUCCAUUCUGUCUUACUUAUGCAAGCUUCUAGCGCUGAAUGCUUCAAGGAUAAGCUGAAAAAAAUGUUUGGACAAUAUACCCAGUAACAUAGGGAUGGGCGUGAGCAAGGAACAGUUCUUCCCGUUGCUCAGUUUUGCUGUGACCUUUUGCUUGCCACGAGGAAGGCAAAUAUAGGAAUAUUUGCACAAUUAAUAUAAGUCUCCAAUUAUUCUUAGCACAGAGUUUUCCUUUAUUCUGCUGUUGAAUGUGUAUGUUUUAAAAAUGGAACUUAUAACUAGGCCCGAUCAAAUCUUGUGGUCACUUAGGAAUGAGCUAGUCGUCCUAGGUUGCUAUUAAGAGAAAUAAGUGGCACUUCCCAUAUGGAAACUGAUAUGGAAGUUCAUAUUAUACCUUGAGUAGAGUUCCACUGUGGUGCCUAAACCCUCCGCUUUGGUUGUAGAAAAGUAACUUCUUCAUUAAAGAGGAAGAAUGCUUCCUACACAGGGAGUUUUCUCUGCGUAGAGAUCUGGAUGACCCCACGUUUAGGGGGCGGUUCCUCACAGUGUUGUGUUCAUUCCAAGCACCCCUUAUGGGGCUCCCAGGGCUUCUGCCUUUGAACCAAAUUAAAGUAAGAUGUGCGUGGCAGGUGUGGUUGGAGUAAACUUUGGGUGCUCCACCUUUUCAGCCCUUGAAUUGGCCUUUUUCUGUCAACAGCGGAGCUGCAACAGAUUGUCAGACUGGGAGGGGGCACACUAGUGUGUUGGCACUUCUGUGCUAAUGCAGUGGAGGUGCAGGAACAGCGAUGACUGGCACGGAGUGUGCGGAUGCCGCUCCUUCCCUCCCCGCCCCCCAACUCAUUGCUGCUUCCACAGCGGGAGCGCCAAACAGUGCACAGACUAUUGCCCACAUCCUCAAGAGGAGGCCUGCAGUCCAGGAAGCUGUCGCCUGUACUUAGCUAAGAGUCUCAGUCUAUCUUGUGAAAAUCUUCAUAGCCUGCAGCUCCACAGCAGCCUUGCUGAAAAAACAGACUUACCAGUGACGAGAAGCUGCGUUUCAAGCAACAACCAGUCCCGGACAGCAGACCUACUGCUGGAGUUAAGCGUCCCAGCCAGCUGCUUCACUUGGCAGACUGGGAUACUUACAGCAGUCCUCUACUUUCCAGGUGCAAACCAUUCGUUCACAGAUACCAGAAACAGAAAUGGGGAAGGGGGAGACAGCUUGUCACUUUCCCAGGAAAGGAACUCUGUGCUGCGCACGUAUGCUCCAGAACCACAGCUUCUCCUUACGAUGCUCUCACUGUAUUAUGGGUGAAAACUUCCACCUAAGAGAUCGCUUGAGCUUGAAGGAGCAACAGCUCGUCUCACAACAGCCUUCCUCCAUCCAAGUUGGAAACAGUCUAGUUUGAAAGCGGUAGAGAUCUUCUGCAGUCUAGUGGCACCUGAGAAUCCAACAAGAUUUUCAGAGUGUAAGCUUCCGAGAGUCAAAACUCCCUUCUUCAGACAUGAGUAGGAACGUAGAAUCUCCUUGAGCCUUUAUAUGCCAGCCAAAGAUGGGUGGGAUGUUACAAGGAGAGGCAUCAGGAUGUAACUGUACAAUGCAGCUGAUUAUAUCAGAAAUUAACAUCUGUAGUGAGUCUUAAGUCUCUGUUCAGCCCCCGGGACGGGGGGCGAGGCAGGGGGGGCAUUG